AUGUAUGCACGCAGGAGGUGGAAGCAGGUCCAGUACAUGUCAGACUUGUUCUGGAAGAGAUGGGUUAAGGAGUACUUACCUCAGUUGCAGGAGCGGCAGAGAUGCUGUGACACUCUGCACACCGACACCGUCGACAGUUCCAUCACCUGCAGCCGCUCAGCUGACCGCUGUGAGCUCCUGAAUCAGCCCCCCUUCGAUGCUUGUCACCAACACAUCGACACGGACGCCUACGUGGCCGCCUGCAACAACACUUUGUGCGUCUACCCGGCGGUGGACGGUCUCCACUGCCAGUUUCUGGAGGCCUACGCCGAGUCCUGCAGCCUGAAGGAGGUCCCACUGGGGGACUGGAGGACAACGGUCCAAUGCCCUGCUGUCCCUCAGGUCUCCUGUCUGGACCAGUACUGCAGUGAGCACGAGUUCUGUGGAGAUCGCCUCGGUGAAGCCAGCUGCUUCUGUCGGGCCUUGUUUGCCUCCAAGUUCAACCCGACCAACGCUUUAGGCGAGCAGACAGUCUGCACGCAGAACUCUGCCACUGUGACUCUGGCUGAAUGUCUGCUGCAGGACCGAGGCAUCAACUCCUCCGUCCUCCACCUCAAUGACCCCAACUGCAAAGGUCACUUGGACCCACAAACCCACAUGGUGGAGUUCAGCUUCGACAGCAGUGACACCUGUGGGGGUGAGGUUUCGAUGAACAACAGCCAAAUCCUCUACAAGAACACCAUCAUGACGAGGAACGGCUCUCAGAACGGCGUCAUCACCCGGAAAGACCAAGUACAGAUCGACUUCUCCUGCUUCUACACAAAGCCAGACGUCCAGAGCCUGUCCUUCAGGAUCAAAGACAGCUCUGUGGUACUGCAGGUCGUAUCCGGACCUUGGAACUACACCCUGACGAUGGCCGCCUACACCGACGGAGGACUCCAGAACCUCGUGGAGUCGAGCAGCGAGCUCCAGCUGAACCAGAAGGUGUGGCUGCAGCUGAAGGCGGACGGGCUGGACGGCGACGCUGUUGCCAUGGUGACCGACUCCUGCUGGGCCACCACCCAGCCGUCCACCGACAGCAGCCCGCGAUACGACCUCGUCAUCGCCGGAUGCCCCAACAAAGCCGACCAGACGGUGACGGUGGAGGGAAACGGACUGGGAACCUCCAACGUCUUCUCUUUCAACGUGUUCCAGUUCUCUGGAGAAACAUCUGCCAUCUACCUGCACUGCAAAGUGGAGCUGUGCCCCAGAGAGGGAACAACCUGUGCUCCGACCUGCCCUGCAAGCAGUAAAAGGAGGCGCAGGUCUUCCAGGUCCAACACUGCAGCCCUCAUCACUAUGGCCUGGAGUAAUUAAAGACCGCUCCCUUCUGACCUUUGACCUGCUGAUUCCUGACAGAAGCUCCAUCAACCAGCCUCAAACCUCACGGCUCUUCAACAGAUGUUUGAAGAUGUUGCUGCUGUGAAACAACGCUGGCAGGUCUUCAUUUGGUCACCUGGGACGAUGCUUUCAUUCAUUCUUUAUACAUCCAAUGAUUCUUGCUAAUUAUUACGAGAUUUAGAAAAUUUAGAAAAGAUGUAACAUAAUCUCUGGUGAAAUAAAUGAUAGAAAAAUAGAAUGAAAAACCAAUCAAAGAGGGUUUUAAGGGUCUGGUAUUUUAAUAUAUAUUGAAUCACUUCUUUAAACCUGAAUGGUACCUGGUGGAAGCAGAAACAGAAUCUUCUUCCGACUGAAGCUUUGUAGAACAAGUGCAAGCAAAACAUGUCUGUGAAUACUGAAUAUUAAUUAGUAGAUGGAAUUCACACUGAAUGAAGUUCAAACUGUUGUACUAUUACUAUGAGCAAAAGAAAACUAAUAUAAAAAUAUAUAAUAAAGGGAGUGGGAAAACCAACAUGAGUGUCAUUGAUUUUUCAAUAUUUUGAAGCAUCUAAAUGCAGAGUCAUCAAUAUAAUUAUUUCAAUCGUAGCAUUCUGUAACAUCCAGAUCAUUAGAACUGUAUAGAUUAAACCACUCUGCCAUUUUGUGAAGUUUACAAAAACCUUAAGUUUUACUUAGUUGAUUUUAGACUGUUUAGACUGUUCUAAAUAAAGGUUGUUUUGUUUUGUGUUUGUUAAUUUAUACAUUAAUAUGAACGAUAUUUACAGCUUGGAGGACUUGAAUAUAUAAGAAAUCCA